AUGGAUACUUAUCACUGGGGAAGACUAAAAUGCUUCCGUUUGCCAAAUGGAAUCUUCACGCCACUCGAUUGCAUUUGCACGAGAGGCACAGGCACAGGCACAGGUACAGACGCAGAGAAGAAUGGUUGGUCUACUGAGUCUGAGUGUGGAUGGAAGUGGGCUCGUAUGCAGAGUAGUAGGUAG